UUGGAAUUCAAUAUGUGUAAUUAAGUUACAUAGCUUAACUUUUUGUUUUCAAGUCGGGGAGACGGUUAUACAAAUAUAUACUUAAAAUAUAAAUAAAAACAUUUGCUUUUUUAACUAAAUAAAAGUAGGUAGACGUUAUCUAAUUGUCUCAUGUGACGCUGCCACUGGUCAACUAAAUCCAAAAUAUUAUUGUAGAUAAAAUGUAGUUAAAUUACAGUAAUAACUUUCCGGGAUGUCCGUUCUUUUUACAACAACCAACAACUACCUAUAUUAAAUCACUAAUAUAAAAGCAGUUCAAACUAAGGUUAGACAUAGUGUUACCAUAGUAACCGAACACCCAAAUGUUUUGUUCUUAAAUUUCAUCAAUAUACUUUGGUCUUUGUGUACAAUAGACAAAAGACUUUUUCUCUAUAAUUAUUGUAGGUACAAAACAUACAUUUUUCAACUAUGACUAGUAAAUACAGUUUUUAUCAUCUUCCGAACAAAGAAGCGACGGGAUUGAACAGCAAGGAAAUUCAGGAAUACAUUCUCAAGUGGUCAAUGAAAAAAUGUUUGAGUAUUGCUUAUUAUGCAUUCAAUCAAGAAUUCUGUGAGGAAAAUAUUGACUUAUUCAUAUUGGAUUUUUUUCAAGAUUCUAACGUUGCAAAAACAUUGCAGAUAGAUCCCGAUACUUUUCUGGAAGACAAAGUGGCAAAGGUGAAAAUAGAAGAAGUCCCGUGUACAGUUACGUCGAUGGCUUUUUUCGACAGGCUAUUGGAUUCGCAAAACAAUGUGGUCUGCAACGGUCAGGACAAAGAAGACAAUCAUUUAAUACGGCUAUGUAUGGAAGAUUACAAACAUGGAAUAUAUAUAACCAAUAAUUUGAAAAUGAUGUUGUUGGACGACGAAUGCGAAGAGUACGCAUUGUACGACCGUGAAGAACGGGCAGAGUUCAUCUUUAGGUUAUUUAAACAUUUAGUUGUCGGAGGCAUCUGGUGUCAAGACGAUACGAUCAUCGAACCGUAUUUGGACGCGACCAAAUCUAUUUACAAAGACUUACUAGCGGUUGAAAAAAUGUCAGAUUCUAAACAACCGUCAGUUGCGUCGAGAGUUUACAGAGUCGUUGCCCUUAAUUCAAACAACACAGUAAUAUUUCCCAAGGCGCACACAGAGUCUGCAGAUUAUAGUUUUGCAUACUUAACGGUAUAUCCCAAAACCCGGACGGUAGCGUUACUUGUUCACAAUGUUGGAAGUACAAUUUAUGUUUAGAACAGACAUUUGUUUGAUUGGAUACACGAAGAAAAAUUAUUAAAAUAUCAAUUAACUAUUAUAUUGACGCAUUGUUCAAAGUAGACGGUAUUACAGUUAAAUGAAAAAUUA